GCUGUACAGUAGACGAUGUCUGUCGGUGCAUGUAAGUAGCUCGCUCGGCUCGGCUUAGCAAGCAGUCGCGCGCAUCUUCGAGUUGCCCAAUGCACCCCUCCCGUGCACGCUUACUCCAGGCCGUUCCCACUCGAGCGCUCAAUAUCUCCGAGGGCUUCUACUUGUAGUAGUGUUGCUGUCUCACGUUACCAUUGCUCAUCUGCCUUAUGAGACCUCGCACCCGUAUAUGAUGGAUCGCUCGUCUGUGCAAGGCUUGGAACCUCACAGCCAGAGCUAUCAAGCGGCCACUAACCCCGCGGCGACCCUUCCAACUGCCCCUGCGACUAAAAAGAAGUCUAGGAGGGGCGGAGAUCCUUCAUUGCAAAAGCGCCGAUGUAUUAGCACUGCUUGUAUAGCCUGUCGCCGACGGAAGUCAAAAUGCGAUGGCGCUCUACCCAGUUGCGCUGCCUGCGCCAGCGUGUACGGCACCGAGUGUGUCUACGACCCGAACUCGGACCAUCGGCGGAAGGGUGUGUACCGAGAAAAGAUUGAUAGCAUGAAGGCCUCCAAUUCGACACUUCACAUUCUGAUCGAGGCCAUUCUCAAUGCUCAAGAGGAAGAUGUAUACGACGUUGUCAAGCGUAUUCGCACAUGCGACAACUUAGACGUGGUGGCUGAGUCCAUGCUCAACCAAGAAAGCGUGGGUGGUGGAACGCAAGACGGAAUCCAGUCACAGGAUGAUUAUUCCACUGAAAUACCGGUUGAAGGCGAAAGAGAUCUUGCCCGGAAAAUGGGCGAGCUACGAGUCGAAAACGGGACAACGCGCUUCAUUGGCGGUACUUCUCACCUUAUACACUGGGAUGCGCCCGGCUCACCGACCACCGACUUGGAGGCCGUUGAUAUGGAGGGAGUGGAUGCCGAUCCUAUUACGAGUUGGUCCACCGUCACCAAAGAUCCCGAAGUUGUCACCCAUCUUCUAAACAUGUACUUCAACUGGCAUUAUCCUUACUUCACUACCCUGUCGCGGAGUCUAUUCUAUAGGGACUUUUUCAGGGGCAAGCAGAACGUUGCACCACACAAAAUAUCUUAUUGCUCUUCUUUAUUGGUUAACGCUAUGCUGGCCCUCGGCUGCCAUUUUACGAAUGUUAGUACCGCUUACGCAGUAGUGGGCGAUAGCUGGACCAAGGGGGACCAUUUCUUCAGCGAGGCAAAACGGCUCAUUAUUGACCAUGAUGAAUACGAGAAACCUCGUUUGACUACUGUUCAGGCUUUAGCGCUGAUGUCUGUCAGAGAAGCAGGCUGCGGUCGAGAAGCAAAAGGCUGGGUUUAUAGUGGUAUGAGCUUCAGAAUGGCGCAGGACUUAGGACUCAACAUGAAUCUGAGCGGUAUUAAUGGCGACCUCGAGCACCUUAACGAGAAAGAAGUUGAUGCUCGGACCGUAACGUUUUGGGGGUGCUUCUUAUUCGACAAAUGCUGGUCUAACUACAUGGGCAGGAUGCCCCAGCUUCCCAAAAACUCAUACAGCGUACCAAAGUAUGACGUUUUCCCGGAAGAGGACGCUGAGAACUGGUGCCCAUACACAGACUCAGGGUUCGAUGAAAGCUCCAGGCAGCCAGCACGAACGCGCGCAAUCGGAUUACAACUAUCUACGCUAUGCGAGAUUAGUAGCGACCUUCUACUCUUCUUCUAUCACCCUAGCCAUAUUGGGCGAUCCAGCGGCAAAUCGGUUGAGCUGAAAAAGUUGAGCGAGCUUCAUCGGCGCCUUGAAGAGUGGCACAAAGAAUUGCCCGCAGAACUUCAACCUAAAGACGGCCAGUUGCCGAAUGUUAUUCUCAUGCACAUGUUCUUUCAUCUCCAGUACAUACACUUAUUUCGCCCAUUUCUCCGUUACGCCCCAAAGGCUUCACCUCUGCCACCACACGUCUCUCCCCGGAGGAUAUGCACGGCAAAUGCCGGGGCUAUAUCCAAGCUAAUGCGUCUAUAUAAAAAGAUUUAUAACCUACGUCAGAUCUGUAAUAUUGCUGUAUAUAUGCUGCACUCGGCCUGCACCAUCCACCUAUUGAAUUUGCCAGAAAAGACCGCAAGGAGGGAUAUCAUACAUGGCGUUAAACAUCUUGAAGAGAUAGCGGAAGAUUGGAUUUGUGGACGAAGAGCCCUCAGUAUCUUAAGUGUCCUUUCUCGCAAAUGGAGCGUCGACUUGCCUGACGAGGCAGCUCAGGUCCUACACAGGACCGAUGAACGAUGGGGCACAUUCAAUACCUCAGAUGUCCCUUCUCCUCGUUCCCACAUCCUUGUUACCACAACUAAGAAUACACCAUCACCUACAGCAAGACUCGAUUCCCAAAGUCCCCCAAGGGAUCCUGCACCUUCACCCCCGAUCAUCCCCAAGACUAGUUUGUCUCCCGAACCUGUUGCCACCGGUAUGAUGCCACCGCCAGACUUCCAGUCACACCCACGCUUGGCAGGACAGCCGAUGACUCAUGCAGGAGCUGUCAUGGGAAAAUCAACAGUAGACCUCAGAGUCCUAAACUCCCCAAGCUGGCAACCCGCACCCAUAAGCGAAGCGGCACCCCCUUAUUCUCAGCCUUAUGCCUCUUAUCCAAGUAGUGGCCAGGCAGGAGAAAGUUCUCAAAGCAUCCCUACUCAUGCAGCAACACAGCUGUUGAGACAGAGCUCUAUGUUUGUCGCUGAUGGACAGGAGUGGUAUCUCAAAGACGGCGUGAACUGGCAAGCUGGCUUCAACGCUUGGAACAUUGGGAAUAUGAAUACUCCUCAACCCUCAGUUACUAUGUCAGAUCAGCAACUCUUUCUGUUUAGUCCUAGCGGGCACGCAACAGCAAAUGCUGCAAACCGCAGUCAGCUUCCACCAGAAUUCAGCUUCGAUGGCCUUGAUGAUUUAGCCUCGUUGGAGGGUUGGGAUCUUCCGAACCUUGAGUAGCCGCAAUAUAUGCUAUUAAGCAUCUUAACUGUAUAGCUGUUAUCGUGGGUCAGAACACUACACCUUCUCAAGGGACUUGGUACUUCAGACAGGGGGUGGGACAAAACAGGUAGUUCUAAUAAUUGCCGAUUUCAGAGCUAUUGGGGAUCUACAGAAGUAUGAAAGAUACAAAGCUAGGAGCAGGAAACUUUAUGGCUGUUAUGUAUCAACGACACUUAACGACUGAUGACGAAUAUAGUGCUACCUUUAUAUCGUUCACCUUGAACUUCAUCAUUCAUACGUCAAUGUGUAGUUUUGUGCCAUUUCAUGAUAAAGUUUAUAUAUUU